AUGAGAAUUAGAUAUGCUCAAUCAUCUGUAGAUCAAAACACAGUAAACAUCAUAGCUGCAAAUCAAGGCGUCAAAGAUGGUGAGACCAUCGUUUCAACUGGAGAAAUGUAUGAACUCGGCUUCUUUAGCCCCGCUAACUCCAACAAUCGAUACUUGGGAAUAUGGUUCAAGAAGAUAUCAACGGGUACAGUGGUAUGGGUUGCUAACAGAGAGUUUCCGAUACCUAAUAAAACAGGCACCCUCAAAAUCAAUAGAAAGGGACACCUGUUGCUUUCCUGCUGUGGCGAUACCCUAAUUUGGUCAUCCAAUUCCUCCGCGUUUGUCAGGCAUAAACAGGACCUUGACAUCAUGGAAAGGUUUAGUGGUUUGCCUAAUGAGAUGCCGAAUCCAAUUUACUGGGUUGACUUUGUUGUCAACCAGAAAGAAGCAUAUUAUAUAUUUGAACUUAAGACUUCAGUUGUUCAGUUGAUACGUUUGAAAUGGGAUGGAAGCAUAGCAAUGUGGCAUUGGAACAAUCGAAGUCAAAAUUGGGUUGUGUAUACAAGUGGUCUGAUUGAUAGUUGUGGUCGCUAUGGAAUCUGUGGUCCUUAUGGAAGCUGUAACAUCAACAGAAAUCCUCCCUGUAGUUGUAUGGAAGGUUUUGAACCAAAAAAACCAGAACAAUGGAACAUAGCAGACUGGUCUAAUGGGUGUAAGCUCCAAAGUCCUUUAGAUUGUAAGGGUGGGGAUGCCUUUCAGAAAGUUACUAAAAUGAAAUUUCCUGACACGCGAUAUUCAUGGUACGAUAGGAGCAUGACACUUGGCGAGUGUGAGAUAGCCUGCAAGAAAAAUUGUUCUUGUACAGCUUAUGCAAAUUUAGAUAUCAGAAAAGGGGGAAGUGGAUGCUUACUAUGGUUUGGUGAACUGAUGGAUCUUAAGGUCAUUGCAGAGAAUCAAGAUCUUUACAUAAGAAUGCCUGCAUCCCUACUAACAGGUCCUACAGUUCCCCAACCUGAUUUCAAUAGCAAGAUUCAAGUACUCACCAUAGUCUUGCCAAUUUUAGCUGUCUUGAUUUGCCUGUCUGUAGCAGUGUAUGUUUUCAGCAUGAAAAAGAAAAGGUCUUACAUGAAAGCAAGAGGUCGAAGGGUACACUCCAUUGAUAGACAUAAUUCAGAUGUAGAGAAGGAAGAUCUAGAGCUGAAUUUUUUUAGCUUAUCUAUAAUAACCAAGGCUACCAAUAACUUCUCAAUAGACAAUAAGCUUGGAGAAGGUGGCUUUGGUCCUGUUUACAAGGGAGUGUUGGAAACCGGACAAGAGAUAGCUGUGAAGCAACUUUCUAGAACUUCUGAACAGGGUUAUGAUGAGUUCUACAAUGAAGUUGUUUGUGUUGCUAAACUUCAACAUCGGAAUCUUGUGAAGCUUGUUGGAUACUGCAUGGAUGGAGAUGAAAGGAUCCUGAUUUAUGAAUACAUGUCUAACAAAAGCCUGGACUUACUUCUAUUCGAUGAAACCAAAAGUUGUAUGCUUGAUUGGGGUCAACGUUUUUGCAUCAUCAAUGGGAUUGCUAGAGGAAUGCUUUAUCUCCACCAAGAUUCUCGCCUUCGAAUCAUACACAGAGACCUCAAAGCAGCCAAUAUUCUGUUGGAUCAUGACAUGAACCCUAAAAUAUCAGAUUUUGGCCUUGCUAGAGAGUUUGAAGGAAACCAGAUUACAGCCAAAACGAAGAAAGUGGUUGGAACAUAUGGUUACAUAUCACCCGAAUAUGCACUUCACGGGCGUUUCUCUAUAAAAUCAGAUGUGUUUAGUUUUGGUGUUUUGGUGCUGGAGAUAGUGAGUGGGAAGAAAAACAGAGAAUUCUCACAUGAAGAUCUCAGUGAUAACCUUCUUGGACAUGCAUGGAGACUAUAUACAGAAGGCAAGUACCUUGACCUAAUGAGCCCAUCUUUGUGCAACUCGUGCAUUAUCUCAGAGGUGAAAAGAUCAAUACAUGUUGGGCUAUUAUGUGUACAAAAUCAUGCACAAGAUAGACCAACUAUGUCCUCUGUGGUUAUGAUGUUGGGUGGUGAGGGAUCACUACCUCCACCUAAACAACCUGCUUUCUUUGCUGAAGAAGGUUCACGUCAGCACUACACUUUUUCAGAUGUUGAUGAAGCAACUAUAACAUUGUUAGAUCCUCGGUAGGAAAUAUGUAUUCAUAUGCCAAAUAGUAAUGUAUAUUUAGACACCAUUAGUGGUUUUUUUUGUGUAUUAUGUAUCAUUAAGCUGCAUGCUUUUGUCAGU